UAGAAGAUCUGGCUUCAUCCCCCCGGGUGAUGCCACUGUGAAGGUAUUGGGGAAGGGGAUGUUAGGCCACCGCCUGAGGAAGACCUUGGUGUGGGAGCUGUCCUGCCUGCCUAUUUCGUCACCUAAUGGAAGAUCUGAGCCCUCUGUGGAACUUCUAAACAUCUUUUAUUAGUGGAAAUAUUUUCUACACAAUGAAGUCAACAACUUAAUUUAAACCAGCAUCUGUGUGGUUCUGAUUCAUCUGCUAUGAUCCGUGAAGUUUGAGAUCUGAGGAGUACAGGGUCUUCUGUGAUGACAAUAUGACUAAUAGUAAAGGAAGAUCUAUUACUAAUAAAACAAGUGGUGGUCUAAGUAGUGGAAGAGGUUUUGUAGAUUGGACUUUCAGUUUAAAUACAAUUCAAUCUGAUAAGUUUUUAAACUUGCUGUUGAGUAUGGUGCCAGUAAUUUAUCAGAAAAACCAGGAAGACAGGCACAAAAAAGCAAACGGCAUUUGGCAAGAUGGAUUAUCAACUGCAGCACAGACUUUUAGUAAUAGAUCUGAGCAACACAUGGAAUAUCACAGUUUCUCAGAACAGUCUUUUCAUGGCAAUAAUGGGCACACAACAUCAAGCUGUAGCCAAAGGUACGAUGACUAUGCCAACUAUAAUUACUGUGAUGAAAGGGAGACUUCAGAAACUACUGCCAUGUUACAAGAUGAAGAUAUAUCUAGUGAUGGUGACGGAGACGUUAUUGUGGAAACAAACCAAAAAUUACCAAAGGAAUCCAGUGGUAUCAUGGCAUUGCAAAUACUUGUGCCAUUUUUGCUCGCUGGUUUUGGAACAGUUUCAGCUGGCAUGGUUUUGGACGUAGUACAGCACUGGGAGGUGUUCAAAAAAGUUACAGAAGUUUUCAUUUUAGUUCCUGCACUUCUUGGUCUCAAAGGGAACUUGGAAAUGACAUUGGCAUCCAGAUUAUCUACUGCAGUAAAUAUUGGGAAGAUGGAUUCACCCAUUGAAAAGUGGAACCUAAUAAUUGGCAACUUGGCUUUAAAACAGGUUCAGGCAACAGUAGUUGGUUUUCUAGCAGCUGUGGCAGCAAUUAUAUUGGGCUGGAUUCCAGAGGGAAAAUACUACCUUGAUCAUUCCAUACUUUUGUGCUCUAGCAGUGUAGCAACUGCCUUCAUUGCAUCUCUUCUGCAGGGAAUAAUAAUGGUUGGAGUUAUCGUUGGUUCAAAGAAGACUGGUAUAAAUCCUGAUAAUGUUGCUACACCCAUUGCUGCUAGUUUUGGUGACCUUAUAACUCUUGCCAUAUUGGCUUGGAUAAGUCAGGGUUUGUACUCUUGUCUUGAGACCUAUUACUACAUUUCUCCAUUAGUUGGUGUCUUUUUCUUGGCUCUAACUCCCAUCUGGAUUAUAAUAGCUGCCAAACAUCCAGCCACAAGGACAGUUCUCCACUCAGGCUGGGAGCCCGUCAUAACAGCUAUGGUUAUAAGUAGCAUUGGAGGCCUUAUUCUGGAUACAACUGUAUCUGACCCAAACUUGGUUGGGAUUGUUGUUUACACACCAGUUAUUAAUGGUAUUGGUGGUAAUUUGGUGGCCAUUCAGGCUAGUAGGAUUUCUACCUACCUCCAUUUACAUAGCAUUCCAGGAGAAUUGCCUGAUGAACCCAAAGGUUGUUAUUACCCAUUUAGAACUUUUUUUGGUCCAGGAGUAAAUAAUAAGUCUGCCCAAGUGCUACUGCUUUUAGUGAUUCCUGGACAUUUAAUUUUCCUCUACACUAUUCAUUUGAUGAAAAGUGGUCAUACUUCUUUAACUAUAAUCUUCAUAAUAGUAUACUUAUUUGCUGCUGUGUUACAGGUAUUUACCUUGCUGUGGAUCGCUGACUGGAUGGUCCAUCACUUCUGGAGGAAAGGAAAGGACCCAGAUAGUUUCUCCAUCCCCUACCUAACAGCCUUGGGCGAUCUGCUCGGGACAGCUUUGUUAGCCUUAAGUUUUCAUUUUCUUUGGCUUAUUGGAGAUCGAGAUGGAGAUGUUGGAGACUAAUAAAUCAUACAAACUGCUCUCAAGUGACCAAGGAGGACAACACAAGACAACCACUUAUGGCUCUUUUUCAAAACUCUUAAAUUAGUAGUUUGACUUUUGCAAGGGUAAUCUUCAGUUGGCCCUGAUUCAAUUAAAUGGCCUUAACAUUUUUUUAAGGAAUUUGUGUUAAAACCAGAAUGGACAUUAUUUGUGCUGCUUUUUGUAGAAUAAAUGAUAAUUUGACAUAAACAUA